AUGGCCCGGAGGAAUAUUCAAGGCGCUGGAAAUAGAAAGCAGCGAGCGACAGGGCCAUGUUUAUUUAUCACGCUUCCCCCAGAAAUGUUUAUAAACAUUUGUCAAAACCUUCCUCCUGUUGACUUGUUAUCCUUAGCUCGAGCAUGUAAAAGAUUUAAUGGAUUCUUGAGUGCAGAAGCCUCGAUGACAACUCAAGAAAUUUGGAAAGCAUCCAGAGAGAUGUUUUUGCCGUACUUACAAUUGCCACCUCCAGAUGGUAUGACAGAGCGGCAAUAUGUGAGAUUGGUUUUGGAAAGGGGAUGCCAAUUUUGUGGAAAAACAAAAAUUCGGAAAGUUUAUUGGGAAUUUCUUGUCCGCUGUUGCGAAGUUUGUUUAAAGAAAAAAACCUUAAGAAAAGAAGAUAUUAAACAAGAUUAUUUUCUAAAUGAAAAGGCUGAUGAUGUGUUGGCAGGAUUGGCUUACAUUCCAUCUUGGCAUAGAAGGGCAUGGGACAGAGGAACAAAGAAUAGACCUUCGAGCCUUUAUUGGACUAAGGAUUUUUUAGCUGCUAAUGAAGAAUAUCAAAAGGUUCCUCAUACUCUUAGGAUUGAAUGGAUUAGAAAAAAGAGAGAAGAAGGUGAUGCCAAAAUGAAGGAAGCUGUCAAGAGAAAAUUGGAAACUGAUAAAGAAUUAAGAAAUAAAAUGCUUGAAAAUACGAUAAAGAGAAAUGAGAGAGCUUCACAAAUUCAAUCCAGAAUUGCUGAUAUGAAAUCAGAAAAAAAUGAAUAUGGAAUUGCCAAAUAUUCUGAAACUCUCAUGGAAACCCAAGCUUACUUGAACUCCACGAGGUAUAUGAAUACUAAAUCUCCACAACCUUUCACGGAUCGUGCUUGGGCUUUGUUGAAAAAGAAAUUAAUAAAAGAAUAUAAUGAAUUAUCUGAAAAGAAGAGACAACGGCGCAUUGAAAAAGAAAAACAUCUUCCAAAAGAUACCAUCAUCCAGAUGAGACAAUUUGAUAUUUAUGAAAUAGCUAAACAAUGGAUUCCUGAUCCCGAAACUGAGAAAAAUAUGGAAAAAAUUGAAAUUAGUGCAGCCGAAUUAGCGUUUGCUGCUGCAUCCACUUCAACUGCAGUAAAUGCGUCAACAAGUUCAGCGUCCGCUUCCACUUCCACUUCCGCUGACAAUACUAUGACGAAUGAAGCUCCUUCCAUCAAAUCUGAAAGUACGGCUAACUUAUCACAAAUAAAAAAUGAAAAUACAACCUCAUCAUUAUCCGAUUUUACACAUAUUAAAGUUGAAAAUGCAGCUUCAAUACCAGAUAUCACUUCUGAUAAGAUUGAAGACGUAACCUCAACUUCAAAUAACGCUUCUAUGAAUAUUGAUAACUUAAUCUCAACAUCCGAAGACACUCCUAUGAAUAUUGACAACAUAACGUCUAUACCCAAUAUGUCCCUUUACUUUUCAAUGCCAAAUCCUAUCUCCGAUUUUUCUUAUUCUAAUGAUAAUAACACAUCUUAUACAGAUCCAAUGGAAGAUGUUGAUAUGGAACAAUUUUCUUUAGAAUAUGAUAUGACAACUCCGUCAUCUUCGACGGAUGAAUAUUUCAUGUUGUAUGAUCCAUAUUACUUGCCAUUUGAUUCGAAUGCCAAUAUUAAUAUACAACAAGAUGAAAAUAGGUUUAAUAUCGAAAAAUACUUGCCUUGGUGUCCAUCUUAUAGGAAUCCGCCUUUUCAUGAAGGAAAUCCAUAUAAUCUAUGGGAUGAAAAUUAUCUUAUGAAAACUUUAAUGCCACAAAUUUGGUGCGAAGCUACAUAUUUAUUGAACAAUAGCGGGCCAACAACAACUGUACAAGGUGCAGUACUUGGAGGUUACAGGGAGAAUGAUAAGUUUAAAUGUAAAGAUUGUGUUGCAAAAGAGCAUAGUUAUGGCUUCAAAAUAUCAUAUUCUUAUAGAAAUGUAAGAAAACAUUUAAUUGAGACCCAUAGCAUCAGAUAUAUUAAUGACGAAGAAAUGAUUGAUGUUUUGCCCGAAUUCAAUACUAGCGUAACAAAUGAUCCAGUGUUUAAUAAUGAUAUCAAAAAUAAGUUGUUUGCUAUUGGUUUUAAUUUUAAUUUAUUAGAUAAUUUAGUUAAAUACUAA